AGAGAGAGAGAGAGAGAGAGAGAUUGGGUGGGUGGUAGAAACGGAACCAGAGGCCAGAAGGAGGAGGGUAUUUUAUGAGCCAAAAAUGCGUGAGGGACUUCUUAUUGAUGAACCAAGCCACGUCGUUUCAAGUGCUAAGAAGAAGAAAUCAGGAGAGGAAGAUAAGGUAGAUAAGGUUCCUGUUCUAGUGGCAGACAAAGAUAACUCGAGACCGGUUCCACUUGUGGUUUCGGUUCCGCCGCAACCUAUUGUUGUUAAUCGUGCCCGAUCCCAGUCCGCCACUCGUAGAGUCACGCCCACUAAUACAACCGCUACUGCUGCAGGAGUUGAUACUAGCAGCGCCGGGGGUUCCACUAUUGUGGAGAAGCUUCUGCCCAACGGCGAUCUCUACAUCGGGUCAUUUUCGGGAAACGCGCCGCACGGAUCGGGGAAGUACCUCUGGACUGACGGCUGCAUGUAUGAAGGAGAGUGGCGCAGGGGAAAAGCAUCGGGAAAAGGGAAGUUCUCUUGGCCUUCAGGUGCUACCUUUGAGGGUGAAUUUAAGUCCGGUCGGAUGGAAGGGUUUGGUACAUUUAUCGGAUCCGAUGGUGACACCUAUCGAGGCUCCUGGAACGCCGAUCGCAAACACGGGUAUGGUCAAAAACGGUACGCGAACGGAGAUUUCUACGAAGGAACGUGGAAGAAGAAUCUCCAAGAUGGGAAAGGAAGAUAUGUUUGGAAAAAUGGGAAUGUCUAUGAUGGUGAAUGGAAAAAUGGCGUCAUCUCAGGGAGAGGGGUUUUGAUGUGGGCAAAUGGGAAUCGCUACGAUGGACAAUGGGAAAAUGGAGUACCAAAGGGAAAUGGCAUUUUUACUUGGCCAGAUGGGAGUUGUUACGUCGGCACCUGGAACAGUAAUAAAGAUAUAAUGGCUCAAGAAUUGAACGGGACUUUUUAUCCUGGAAAUGGUAAGGAGCAGUGCAUGAAAGGGAGCGAAGCUGAUUUGGUCUUGCCUGCUGCGGCGGGGACGAGAAAGAGGUCGUCGGUGGAUGGGGCUAGAGGGAGUAACAUGAAUUUUCCGAGGAUAUGUAUAUGGGAGAGUGAUGGUGAGGCUGGAGAUAUUACUUGUGAUAUUAUUGAUAAUGUAGAGGCUUCUCUGAUUUACAGGGAGGGGUUGGAUCGGGAUGGGUUUAGGCAGUUUAGGAGAGGGCCAUGUUGUUUUAAUGGCGGAGAGGUGAAAAAGCCUGGAGAGACAAUUUCUAAAGGGCAUAAGAAUUACGAUUUGAUGCUUAAUCUGCAAUUGGGCAUCCGAUAUUCUGUCGGAAAGCACGCCCAGAUUGUGAGGGACCUGAAGCCAACUGAUUUUGAUCCUAAGGAGAAGUUUUGGACGAGGUUUCCACCCGAAGGAUCAAAGAUAACUCCUCCACAUCAAUCAGUAGAGUUUCGUUGGAAGGAUUAUUGUCCGAUGGUUUUUAGACAUUUGAGGGAGCUGUUCCAAGUGGAUACUGCUGAUUACAUGUUAGCUAUUUGUGGAAAUGAUGCCCUUAGAGAACUGUCUUCUCCUGGGAAGAGUGGAAGUUUCUUUUACCUUACUCAGGAUGACAGAUUUAUGAUCAAGACAGUGAAGAAAUCAGAAGUCAAGGUGCUUAUUAGGAUGCUUCCCAGUUAUUACCAACAUGUCUGCCGGUAUGAGAAUUCACUAGUGACAAAAUUCUUUGGUGUACAUUGUGUUAAGCCAAUUGGAGGGCAGAAGACCCGUUUCAUUGUGAUGGGCAAUUUGUUCUGCUCUGAGUAUAGAAUACAUAGGAGAUUUGACCUUAAGGGGUCCUCCCAUGGUCGCACAACAGAUAAGCCUGAGGGUGAGAUUGAUGAAACCACAACUCUUAAGGACCUAGAUCUUAAUUUUGUGUUUCGUCUCCAACGGAAUUGGUACCAGGAGCUUAUCAAGCAAAUUAAUCGGGAUUGUGAAUUUUUAGAAGCCGAGAGAAUUAUGGAUUACAGUCUUUUGGUUGGCCUUCACUUCCGAGAUGAUAACACUUAUGACAAAAUGGGUUUGUCACCGUUUGUUUUGCGCUCUGGAAGUAAGGAUUCCUAUCAAAAUGAGAAGUUCAUGCGUGGCUGCCGCUUUCUCGAGGCAGAGCUACAAGACAGAGAUCGGAUCUUAUCUGGCCGGAAACCUCUGAUAAGGCUGGGAGCAAACAUGCCAGCAAGAGCAGAACGAAUGGCAAGAAGGAGUGAUUUUGAUCAGUACACCCCUGGUGGGAUUAGCCAUUUAACCCCCUCAAGAAAUGGUGAGAUCUAUGAGGUGGUCCUUUAUUUUGGGAUCAUUGAUAUCUUGCAAGACUACGAUAUUAGCAAGAAGUUAGAGCAUGCCUAUAAAUCCUUACAAGCCGAUCCUACGUCCAUCUCAGCAGUGGAUCCAAAACACUACUCAAAGAGAUUCAGAGAUUUCAUUGGUAGAAUAUUUAUAGAAGACAGGUAGCAAUGAGAAAAAAACCACGAGUAAAAACUGGUCUGGUACAAGAAACUGAUUUUGCUUGAAUCUGAAUGCACUGCACCACCCUUCAGGGGCAGAAAGUGAUCAGAGCAAAUAAUUUGAGAGAUAUGGACCAAGCCACACUGCAGAUGCUGCGGUAGGAGAGCUCGGCAUCAGGUUUUUCGGCUGAAUUUUGAAGAUCAGCCAUAUGAAUGAAGGGGAAAGCACUUGUACAUUGGAGGAUGAAUGGAAGAGGGAAACGGGGAUUGUGAUUUCCUUCUUUAUUAUUAUUUUUUUAUAUUUUCUUAAUUAUAUUUUUGGAAAUAUAUAUAUUUUUUUUCUUGUGGUAACCAAGGGGGUUGUUAAUUGUGAAGAUUUGAAAGAUAGGUAUAGGGAACGGGGAAAAUGUUUCCCAGAGAGAAGAUUCAAAAAUGGGGGGCAGAAGGAGAAGACUUGGAAUAAGAAAAGUGUACAGCGUAAUAGAAAAGAGAUGGAUAGUUUAUGGAAUUUCGUGAAUAUAUUUUUGUGAAACUUUCAAAAAAAAAAAAAAAGAAAAAA